UUUCACCAAUGACUGGAAGAUGAUCUUACUAUUCGUGACAGCUGAUGAUCCUUGUGGCUUCUGCGUUCAGGAAGACCACACAGAAAACACAAUGCAAGAACUGACUGCGGCUCUGGACUAUUUACAUCAACAGCUUCCAAAAACAUUUGUUAGUCUGGUGGAUCUAAGUUUGCUGAGUGGCCUCUACCUGUCGUAUCCAGAUAAUGCAGAGAUCAGGAAAUCCUGUGAGUGUUUCAGUAAACCUUCAGACUUCCAUAAAGCCAUGUUCCGCUUCACCUUCCAGUCUUCCCUUGAGAAACUAAUAAGUUCGGAGAGAUACGACACGAGGGAGGACUUCACCGUGGCCUUACACCCUGUGCUCCACAUGACUGAUUCUGAGAAGAAGAACAUUCACACCUAUGGGGACGUUUACGAAGUACAGUGCUCCCAGCAGGACUCCGUCUUCUUGAACACACAUAAGAACAGUCCGUACCUGUGGCUGAAGGACAUGAUGGAUGUUAAAGAGAGUCGGGCGCAGCCGCGAGUUUACGGUUCCAAUUUCACCUGCCAAGAUCGAGCGCCAUCAGCCACCAUCCCAACGUCAGUUCACAGCCUGAGACCUGCGGAUUUUAAAAUAAUCGCUGCAUUGGGAGACUCGAUUACUGCAGGCAAUGGUGCUGGCGCGUUCGUUCUGGAUGUUUUAGAUGUGGUGACUGAGUAUCGUGGACUAUCCUGGAGCAUCGGUGGGGAUGAAGACCUCAGUAAUAUAACCACCAUAGCAAACAUCCUUCGGGAGUUCAACCCCAAUAUACAAGGUUACUCCAUAAAGAAGGGAUCUCAUCAUGUAAUCAACUCAAGGCUAAACCGGGCCGUUCCUGGAGCAAGAGCUGACGAUAUGCUUGAGCAGUCCAAAUUAUUGGUGGAAAAGCUGAGACAAAUGGAGCAAAUCAACUAUACGGAAGACUGGAAGCUCCUGACUAUCUUCAUCGGAGGAAACGACUUGUGCGGUAUCUGCAAUAAUCCGGUUAGACAAUCUCCAGAACAGUUUGUGAACUACAUUAAGCAGGCUCUGGACUAUCUGCAUCAAGAGGUCCCGAGGAUGUUCGUCAAUCUAGUGACCGUUUUGGACAUUUUUCCCCUGAAAGAACUCUACGAUAAUAGGGAAACUCAUUGCCCAAGGAAUCUCAUGAGCGCUCUGUGUGGGUGUGUGGUCGAUAACCCAGAAGGUUCUACUGAAAUCUCAACUCUUAUAUUAUUCAACAAGCAAUACCAAGAAAAAACUCGCCAGUUGGUGGAAACCGGAUGGUACGACACCAAAGACGAUUUCACUGUUGUCAUUCAGCCAUUUUUGGAGCAUCUUGUAAUACCAAGAAAUAGUAAGGGCCAUCCUGACAGAUCCUUCAUGGCUCCAGAUUGCUUCCAUUUUGGAGAGAAGGCUCACGCUCAGGGUGCACGGGCCCUAUGGAGAAACAUGUUUGAACCUGUGGGACAGAAGACAGAUAACCAGUCGCUGGAUGAAAACGUCAAAAUAUUCUGCCCCCCUGCGAAUGAUCCUUUUGUGAAGACUGCAAAGAACAGUAACUAUGUCUAUCCCACCGUUACCAUUGACCCAGUGUACGGGAGCAAAGUGGAAUGUGCAGACCGCAGUCCUUCUCCGACAAAUCCCACCUCCGUUCACAGUCUUCGACCAGCAGACGUUACCGUUGUUGCAGCACUUGGCGAUUCCCUGACCGCUGGUAAUGGAAUUGGCUCGGAUCCCAAAGAUGUCCUUGAUGUCAUCAAACAAUAUCGCGGGCUAUCAUGGAGCAUUGGAGGAGAUUCAACUCUAGCCAAAGUCACCACCUUACCAAAUAUUCUACGAGAGUUUAACCCUUUUGUUACGGGACACUCGUUGGAGGCUGGAAACAGCAGCACGUACAAUGCGUUUCUCAAUAGGGCUGUUCCAGGAGCCAAAGCUUAUGAUAUGCCCGCUCAGGCACGAGCUCUGAUCGACCAGAUGAAGAUUGACAAGAGAGUUAAUUUCAACGAGACCUGGAAAGUGAUUACGGUGUUUAUCGGAGCCAACGACUUGUGCGCUUCCUGUACAGACAGCAAUGUCUUCUCGGCGUCAUCUUACGUCAACAACAUCCGGAGGGCCCUGGAUAUUCUUCAUCAGGAGGUUCCCAAGGCUUUCGUCAACCUGGUGGAGGUGAUGGACAUCAUCCCCCUGAGAGAAGCCGUGCUGGAUAACCGCGUGGACUGUCCGGUUUUACUUUCAAGCAUGCUGUGUCCAUGUCUGCUGAGCGUCCAGGCCAGUACUCAGGAGUUUGAAGAUAUGAAGAGCAUCAAUCACGCCUAUCAGCAAAGUCUCAGAGAUUUCGUUGAUUCCGGAAGAUACGACACCAGAGAAGACUUCACGGUGGUGCUCCAGCCGUUUUUCCGAAAUACGAAAAUUCCAUACCUUCCGACAGGAGAACCCGAUAUUUCCUAUCUUGCCCCGGACUGUUUCCAUCUCAGCCAGAAAGCUCACACUCAGCUGGCGAGGAAGCUCUGGAACAAUAUGCUUGAACCUCUUCAGCAGAAGACGGACAGUCUGGAUUUUACUGAGAAUAUCGAGCUGAAGUGUCCUACACAGGCACAGCCAUACUUGCGGACAUCCAAGAACAGCAACUACCAGUACCCCGCCCCACCGCCCACAACGAGCCCCAUUAAUAACUGGGGCAGCGAUAUGGAGUGUCGCGGAUUCACCGCCGUAUCUAAUACUGUUCCCAAGUCUGCCCAUCAGCUCCGUCCGGGAGACAUCAAGGUGGUGGCAGCUUUGGGUGAUUCACUGACGGCGGCUUUUGGUGCCAAAUCCACAUCACUGCUGAACCUGGCUACAGAGUGGAGAGGACUGUCCUGGAGUAUCGGAGGAGAUGGGACUCUGGAGACUUACACAACAAUACCAAACAUUCUAAAGAAAUUUAAUCCGAACAUAAAGGGGUUCUCCACCGGCAUUGGCCCAACUAACCUUAUGUUCAAUGUGGCAGUCGGUGGCGCCAAAGCUGAAAACAUUCCAGCUCAAGCUGAGAAUCUAGUAAAGAAGAUGAAGGAAAGUACAGACAUCAACUUUGAAGAAGAUUGGAAAUUGAUCACGAUUUUUAUCGGGGGCAACGACCUGUGUCAGUACUGCAGGAAUCGGGAGCGGUAUUCACUGGCCAAUCACGUGAAGCAUAUCGAGACCGCGCUGAAUACCUUCUACAAAGAGAUUCCUCGCGUUCUCAUAAACCUGGUGCAAAUCAUGGAGAUCGAGGGACUGCGCACAGUCAAUGCGGAAACCUUUGGCUGCAGCAUCUUAAAGCCGAAUGCCUGUCCCUGCUUCAUUAACCCACCUGACGGAUCCUAUGAAUUGAGCGAAAUGAAGAAAUUCAACAGAGAUCUGCAGAUACAUGUAGCGGCCCUGGCCGAGAAAUUCCAAGACCGGGAGGAUUUCGCUGCAGUGGCUCAGCCGUUCUUCACAAACACCGUGGUGCCUGUGGAUGGUGACGGGAUGCCGGACAUAAGCUACUUCGCUGUGGAUUGUUUCCAUUUCUCAGAGAGGGGACACGCUGAGAUGGCCAUCGCCCUGUGGAAUAACAUGAUAGAGCCGGUCGGCCAGAAGCUGAGCUACAACAACUUCACCCACAGCCGCGCCAAACUGAGGUGUCCGACCAAUGAGCACCCGUACCUCUACACCCUGAAAAACAGCGGACUCCCCCAGGUCGAGGCGCCAUCUCCGGACGAUGGAGACAACGGCGAUCAGGUGCCAAUGUGGUCGGUGAUUGUGGCUUCCAUUGGGGGCGUGGCUCUGGGAUGCAUUGUUGUGGGGAUCGCGAUGUCCAUGAAAAACCGGAGGAGAUCCAAAAAGAAGCAACGAAUGAGCGAAAGCGGCUCCUCCUUCUGAAGCGGAGAGGGGGUCAUGUGACGUCCAUUAGAUCCGGGACAUAAUAUUAUGUACAGAGGUUUUAGGAAUAAGUUUUGUAAAAUUCCAAAUAACCGCAAAUGUUAAUUCACUUACAUAAUACCGUUCAUAGUGCACCCCCUGCCCAUGCUGUCUACACUCCAGCUGCCUCCAGAGCUGCACUCACUAUUCUGCUGGUCACCACUCAGCACUGUAGAACACUAGGUACCCCGUACAGUACUGCACUGCAUUGUGGGGGAUGUAGCUUUCCAACCUUAAAGGGGUUAUCUGGGAUCAGAAAAACAUAGCUGCCUUUCAACAGAAACAGCGCCACCCCCCUGUCUUCAGGUUGUGUGCUGUAUUACAGCUCAGUUCCAUUAAAGUGAAUGGAGUUGUAAUGCCAGACACAACCUGAGGAUAAAAGUGGCACUAUUUUGGAAGAAAGCAGCUGUUUCUUUUUUUUUUUUUUUUUC